AGAACGAGGGGGAGGAGCCUCGGGUACAUAAACAAGUCCAGACUGUACACCGACAGAAGCGCCUGCGACACAAUAAAGAUAAAACAGAAGCAUUCGAGCUGCAAAACUACUUUUCCGACAGCUAAUGAGAUAGCGGUCUGACGAAGCCAUAAGAGAAAAUGAUCAGCAGAAUCCUCGCACAGCUGGUGGGAAGAGAAGAGAAAGACGUCGGUGUCGCGGAAGAAACGGAGAACUCUGCAAACCUCCUUGAGUUUGAUGAUGGAGAAUGGGUUAUUAUAAAGAUACACGAGAAUCAGUCACUUGGUUCCUCUGACUCAAACGUUCUUGAGAACCUGUUGAUCGAACACCCCAGCAUGUCCGUGUACCAAAUGAGACAUGAUCAGGAAGACCCUGGCUCAGAUGAAGACACAGAGGACAUGCCUAGGCCUGUGCCAAUCAGACGUCACGUUUCUUGGCGGUUAGCUGCAUGGGGCAGCCCCUUGCCCUGCAGCACCAUUCUGCUCUCAGUGCAGCGUGCCAGAGUCUAUAAUGAGCACAGAAAGCUGACCCGUGGUGCCCUCAACAGGCAGAACCUCGCAAGAACGCGCCAUUCACCUUCAGAGCGCCGCUACGGCUUCUUCAAACAGCCCACUCAGCGCCUCUACAACUACUGAGAAAAAUCAAUCGCGUCUGAAACCACUAAACAACCGGCAUCGUGAUAAAGUGAAUAGCUGUUUUAAAGGGGUAUGCUUGCAAAUCGUGCCACGAAACCAUUCCCCUGUGAGACUUGUAAGGAUUAAGGAGAACGUUUUGAUAAAUGCAGCGUGUUAUUAUCUUAGGGAUGAAGUCUCACUUAUGGUCCGACACUGAAAUAACUCUGAAAAGCAUGUGUUACAAAACUGCAAGUGAGCUGCAUUAAUAGUCUAGGAUUUUAAGGUUUUGUUUUUUUUUAAGUGUAAUGUUUGUAUGCUUCGUUUUUAGCUUAGCUGUGACUGGUGCAUGCAUAUUAAGUGAGAGAAAAAAUAUUCAGUGUUGAAGUCUAAAAUAAACUGUACUGUACAAGGCAAUGCAUUUUUUACAUCAAAUAUUAAGGUGAAAGUCUAUCUUAAUGUUACUUACAUGACAAAGCAAUAUGCUGUGAUUUACCGCCAGUGAUUUAUACCGUUACGACUGUUAUUUGACUUUGUAUAUUUAAAUGACUUUUUGGCGUUGCUUUAUUUUUAUCUUUAAGAAUGCAUUUGAUAAAACCUUUUAAAAAGUGAAAAAUAAAUAUUUUAUCUUCA